CAAUAAUAAUUGAAAGAAGUGACUACCAGUUCUCACGCCAUCUCUAACCAAGUAUCAAUUCAAAAUUCAUUGUCCUAAGUAAAGUUACUUAUUUGCGUUAUUUUAUACUGCUCCGUCAAUCAAAUUAUUUAUUUGCAGGUCCAUAUAUACACAUAGAGUUAAUUCUCAUGUCAGUCAACACGUCAGGAGCCGUUGUUGUUCCAAGGAACUUCAGAUUAUUAGAGGAGCUUGAACAAGGCCAGAAGGGUGUUAGUGAUGGAACCAUCAGCUGGGGCCUUCAAGAUGAUUCCGAUAUGACUCUAACUCAAUGGACUGGAAUGAUCAUCGGUCCUCCUAGGACUCCAUAUGAAAAUAGGAUUUACAGCCUUAAAGUAGAAUGUGGUUUAAAUUAUCCGGACGAACCUCCAACUGUUAGAUUUAUUUCAAAAAUAAAAAUGAACGGUGUCAACGAGAAUAAUGGAGUUGUUGAUCGCAGAAGUAUACCUGUGUUAGCAAGGUGGCAAAGAAAUUACUCCAUUAAAACUGUUUUGCAAGAGCUUCGCCGGGGUAUGACGCUGAAGGAAAAUAUGAAAUUAAGUCAACCUCCAGAAAGUUCUACUUUUUAAAAAUAAUGUCAAAAAACAAAAAAAAUCACAAAUUGGUAACAUAAACAUCUACAAUGUUAGUCACCCUAAUCCAAAAAAAUUUCAACUUCUAAUGAAAUCAACAAAAACAACUGAUUUUUCUUUAUAAUAACAACUAAUAUUUCUUUCUGUGCACGUACGGAUUAAAAAACUUACCAUAAAUAUAUAUAAA